UAUUCCAGAGGGCAAGUAAUUAAAGUGAUUCUAGGGGCUUUUUUUUGGGGGGGGGAGUUAAGAAAGAAUAACAAGCAUGUUUAUACUUACCUGCUAUCUGCAGUGGUUUUGCACACAGCAGCCCGGAUCCUCCUUUUCUUGGGUCCCCUGCAGGCUCUCCUCGCUCCUCCCUCUUGUCGGAUGCCCCCACAUCAAGCAGCUUGCUAUGGGGGCACCUGCUGCUCCGAGUGUCCAUUCACAUGGAGCUGCGACUCGGCCCCACCCCCUCUCUCUUCUCAUUGGAUCACUGGCUGUGAUUGUCAGCAGUGGGAGCAAAUGGCUCCUACUUCUGUCUCAGCCAAUGAGGAGAGGGAGUCCUGGGAUGGCCGAGAUUCCAGUACACAUUGCUGGAUUGAAUGGGGGCUUAGAAUGCAUGAAGGUAAACAACCUUGAGCCUUUACAACCGCUUUAA